CCCUUAAUAUUUAUUAUUUCGAUCAAAUAGAUCAAAUAUCAUAGAAAUGCCGUUGCCGCAUGAAGCACUAUUGCCUUUCUGUAUUAUUAUUGGUAUGUUUGCAGUGACAGGAGGACUUUUAUCAGCAGCUAAACAUUAUCGUAAUGAAGGUUAUAGUCCUCGAUAUUCAUUGGAUCAAUGGGAUAAACAAAUGAUGGAACGGGACCGACGAUUAACGGGGUCUCUUCGUAAGCAAAGUGAUGCAGCUCGUUAUCGUGUAUAAACCAUUUGCAAAGGACAGAUAUUUGUAAUAAAUUGGAGGUGAAUA